UCGAAACGCUGUCGAUUGGGAGCCCAUCUCUUCCCUCUCUUUCCCUCUCUCGCUUCGUUGGACUCGUCGAUUUCUUGGUCACCAUGGUUCUCGAGGCCACCAUGAUCUGCAUCGAUAACUCGGAGUGGAUGAGGAACGGGGACUACGCGCCCAGUCGCUUCCAAGCCCAAGCCGAUGCCAUCAAUCUCAUUUGCGGGGCUAAAACUCAGUCGAAUCCAGAGAACACAGUGGGCGUCCUGACAAUGGCUGGCAAUGGUGUCCGUGUUUUGGUUACACCGACAAGUGAUCUUGGAAAGAUUUUAUCCUGUAUACAUGGGUUGGUUGUUGGCGGUGAGGCGAACUUGACUGCUGCCAUCCAGGUUGCUCAGUUGGCUCUUAAGCACCGCCAAAAUAAGAGGCAGCAGCAGAGGAUCAUCGUUUUUGCUGGAAGUCCAAUUAAGUAUGACAAUAAGACCUUGGAGGCAAUUGGAAGAAAGUUGAAAAAGAAUAGUGUUGCUUUGGAUGUUGUUAAUUUUGGAGAAUCUGAUGAUGGAAAACCUGAAAAGCUAGAGGCCCUUAUUACUGCUGUAAAUAAUAAUGACAGCAGUCACAUUGUUCAUGUCCCGGCUGGACAAAAUGCUCUCUCUGAUGUGCUUAUAAGCACACCCAUCGUUACAGGUGAUGGGGAUGAGGGGAGUGGUUUUGUUGCUGCUGCUUCUGUAGCGGCUGCUGGUGGUGGUGGUCUAUCAGGAUUUGAUUUUGGUGUUGAUCCUAAUGUGGAUCCUGAGUUGGCCUUGGCACUAAGAAUUUCUAUGGAAGAGGAAAGGGCAAGACAAGAAGCUGCUGCUAAAAGAGCAGCUGAGCAAGCUGCUGAACAAGAAAAAGUAAGGGAGCUAGCUUCAGGCUCCCGUGAUGAUACCAUGGCUGAACCAGUUAGCAAUUCAACUCUUAUGGUUGAUGAUAAAGGACAUAAUUUGACGUCACAAGAUGAUGAGGCUGCACUGCUGGAGCAGGCUCUUGCAAUGUCCAUGGAUGUUGCUAAGUCUGGCACUGCACCUGUGGUUGACACAGAUAUGUCAGAUGCUACUGUAGAUGAUCAAGAGUUAGCAUAUGCCCUUCAAAUGUCUGUUCAGGACAGUGCAAGAGACAUGUCAUCUCAAUCUGAGAUGAGUAAGGUGUUGGAGGACCAGUCAUUUGUUUCUUCUAUCCUAAAUUCGCUCCCAGGUGUUGAUCCUAAUGACCCCUCGCUGAAAGAUUUGCUGGCAUCUCUGCAAGGGGAGUCAGAGCCUCAGCAAAAGCAAAAGGAAGAUAAGCCAGAAGAGGAUCAUGAUGACUAAUGGUUUCUGAAGCUACUUAUGGCUGCUUGUAGAUUACGGUAAAGGACACACCCAAGUCAAAGAUGGUGGUCACUUUUUUUUGCAUCAACCACUUGUGGAGCACGGAGGAGAUUGGAACAUCUCUUUCCCAUGUUGGAAGUGAGGGGUGAGAAUUGUCGAAUGGAUCUUGUACCCUACUUGUGGUAUACGAUAACAUUAUGAGACGUCAGGCCUACGUUGAGACCCUGAUUAUAAACUAUAUAUGAUUGCAAAUUCUCAACAUUACAAUUAAAACUCGACUGCACUCUCUUAUAAUAAUUCUGUUUAUGGUAUGUAC